UUCCGCAUCGCACACGUUCGAUGAGUCAGUUGGGCAAAGGAAAGAUUAUUUAUACUGACUUCGGCACUUCCGGGCGCUUCCGGGCGCUUCCUGCGUCCUCCCCGCAGCUUGGCCUAGAGAAAUCCAGUCUUGGCACAGUCGAUAUGACCGAGGCUCCUCUAUACCGACCCUUGGAUCCCCAUGGCUCCCCGACGUUCCAAUUACGAGAUCGCGUCAACGACAAGUUCAAUCUUACUUUGGAAUCUUAUCACGAUCUGUACCGCUGGUCCACAUCGCAUAUCGCCGAUUUCUGGGACGUUGUAUGGGACAUCACUGAGAUCAUAGGAGAGAAAGGACAGCAUGUAGUGGACGAGUCGGUCAAUAUCUCUGACAAUCCGCCGUGGUUCAAGGAGGCGCGUGUCAAUUGGGCGGAGAACAUGCUGAGGCCCGAGAUGCGCGAGAGUAACAAGAUCGCAUUGGUCCAAGCAACCGAGCCAACUCCUGUGAACCCCAAUCCUCCGAUGAAGAGAUGCACAUAUGCCGAGCUCUACAAGCUUGUUUCUCGUCUCGUGUCCGCGUUGCUUGCCAACGGCGUUAAACCCGGAGACCGUAUCGCGUCCUAUUCCUCAAACUGCAUCGAAGUCGUUGCUCUCUGUCUUGCUACAACUGCCAUUGGAGCCAUUUGGGUGAGCGCCGCCGCAGACUUUGGGCCCGCUGGUGUCCUGGAGCGCUUUGAUCAGAUCCAGCCGAGCUUUAUAUUCGCUGUCGACGCGGUCGUAUACAAUGCCAAGGUUCACGAUCAUCUUCCGAAGCUCGCAACACUUCUAUCCCAACUGAGCCCAGGGCCGAAGACUGCUCGACCGCAGGUUGUCAUCAUCCAUACGAUUCCUUAUGCCGAGGAUAGAGCGUCUUGGCAAGACGGAUGGAUUGGGUGGGAAGAGUUUCUUGAGAAUCAUCCUGGGUCGGCGGAGAUUGCCUGGCAUAGAGCGUCGUUCAAUGAUCCGUUGUGGAUACUGUUCUCCUCGGGGUCCACCGGAAGACCCAAAGCUAUUGUGCAUCGUGCCGGGGGAAUGCUGCUUCAAAUGAAGAAAGAAUAUCUGAUAUGCGCUGAUCUGAAGCCGGAAGAUGUCUUCUUUUACUACACAACAACCGGCUGGAUGAUGUACAACUGGCUCAUAAGUGCGCUCAGUGUCGGAUGCACUCUGGUGUUGUAUGACGGUAGCCCACUGCGUGAUCCGGCUUAUCUAUGGCGGCUCACCGACGAGCUGGGAAUCACACUUUUCGGAACCAGUGCUAAAUAUCUCGAACAGCUUUCGAAAGGUUACCAACCACGAUCCCACCACGAUCUCAGCUCUCUCCGUCACAUCUAUUCGACAGGCUCUCCGCUAUCCUCUGUGCUAUUUGAUUAUGUUUAUGAACACAUCAGCCCCACUGUGCUUUUGGGCUCUAUCACCGGUGGAACGGACAUCUGCUCCUUGUUUGCAGGAAUGUGCUCAGCCUUGCCGGUUUAUCGAGGAGAGAUCCAAUGCAGAAUGCUUGGGCUUGCAGUUGAGAGCCUUAAUGAACAGGGAGUCAUCAAUCCACCGGGACUUCCCGGUGAACUUGCAUGCAUGAAGCCGUUUCCGUGCAUGCCUGCAGGGUUCUGGCCUCUGCCUGGUUUCGGCGCAGAGGAAGCGGUCAUUGCUGCCCGGGAAAAAUACCGCCAGGCCUACUUUGCUGAGUACAACGGUGUCUGGUACCACGGGGACCACAUUGUUAUCACCAGCUCAAGAUCUGGAAACGGCGGUGGCUUGAUCAUGCUGGGUCGCUCAGACGGUGUCUUAAAUCCCGGGGGCGUGAGAUUCGGAUCCUCCGAACUGUAUGAUGUGAUUGACUCCGAGUUCUGUGCUGCUGGCCUGGUGGCAGACUCGCUUGCCAUUGGCCAGACGCAGGCUGAGGAUGAACGUGUCUUACUUUUCGUCAAGCUUCCUCCUGGCCAAACCCUGACCCUCGAUCUUGAGACGCAGAUCAAGCAGCAAAUACGGACCCGGCGGAGUGCUCGUCACGUUCCUGCGCUGAUUUUGCAAGUGGAGGACAUUCCGUACACUCUGAACGGCAAACGCGUCGAGGUCUUGGUCAAGAAGAUCAUCAACGGAGCCGCUUUAUCGAUUGUCAAUCCCGCCACCUUGGCUAAUCCGGAAUGCUUGCCGUUGUACUACGACCUCGGUGUCCAACUCAGACGUAGCCAGUAGUUCUCCUUUAUCUAUCUAUCUACGUCUGUUGCUCUAGCAGCAUGUGUAUCUGAAGAGAACCUCUGUUGCAAGCUGCCUUAUUAAUAGCAACCAUGUGUUACACAGCCACAGAAAUUUGUCUUCGUCCCCCACGGACGCAGAUUUCUGGUCUCAUCGUUGCACCCCUCGCCGCAUCCGUCAGGCCUCACGAUAUUUACGCCACGCGCUACCUUCGGCCAAGUUCAUGUUUGCCUCGUGUUCAUAAGUACAGCCUACUUAUCAUCACACCUACCGAGCUUCCCCCUUUCCCUGCGACGCCUUAUUCACUCCUCGACGACACUUACCUGUAAUGCCUUCCCUGUUCAUUGUUCUUCGCGCAUGCCUCUAUGCUGCGGUUCUCUUGUUUUCACUGAUCUGCUUGUCUAUGGCGGGACACUUUGCCAGUGCGUUCAUGUCCUCGGAACUCACGAGUUUCGUUCCCUUCGCCCUGUUCGUGUGUGUAGUCAGCCUGUUGUUCAUGUCGGCUCUUCUGGGCUUCAGUGUGAUCAAGAAGGAGCGCAAUCCUAUUUCAUUGAAGAUUGAGUUGUUGAGUCUGGGCUUUGUGGGCAUCAUCUGGUUCUCGCUAGGAAUCUUUUUAGCGACAUCGAAUGCCCAAUCGGCGGAUGUGGAGUGUUUCGCGUCCGAGUCGAAUUCCUCGACAAUGACGGUUGACGACACUACUUCAGCUCUACAGACUGAACAAUUUCACGCCAUGUAUCACGUUCUAGAGGCCUUUUCGUUGCUUAACGCCAUCCUCGUGCUGUUCGCAUUCUUCACUCUACUGUUCUUCGCUUGUCGCCGCAAACUCGAAGGCGACUCUCAUAUGUGGAUGGGACCAGUCACGGCUGGGGUCUUCCUUGAUUACAGCAAAUCGGCUGCGCGGUCGAAUCCUCGCAAGCAGAAUGAGCUGCCGAUGCCAGCAACUCUCACCGAGAAGCCGACGCGUCGGGGUCACUCCAGACACAAGUCCCACAACAAAGAAUCGACUGCGAAGCACAGCCGAUCCCGGACGCAUGGGGCUGCAGACCGCUACACCCGGCGUGCGUACCAAGGGGGUUCUGGCCAGUCUUCUCUCAUCGGAUCGAACGAGUUUGAUAACGGUGAGAUGCACAACCCCAACCGCCGUCCGUCCCGGUGAUGGAUGAAGCGAGAGAAUCUGUAGCAUUAUAUUUGGAACAAAUAUGUAACGAACUGUUUACUACCGGAGGACCCCCCCAUAAAUGCAUAUUGGUGUAACAGCGCUAUAUACACGCGAAACACUGGCCAUGUUUAGACAGUGAGGACGAUGUUGAUUC